GAUUCAUUCUUGCACAGAAGGUGCUGAAAGAUGUUGUAUAAUUUGGUUGUGGAUGGUGUAGAUACCAAAGUGACGAUCACCGAAGAAAGUUUGAGGUUUGAAUCAAAUGGCGAUGUCGAUAUUAGUUACCGAUUCGAUGAUGUCAUAGGAUGUGAAGAGGAAAUCACGGGAUGGUUUUGGAGAACGGAAGUGACGCGGGUUUGGCUAAUCGAAGAUGGAUCUUCCAACGCAUUACUGAAGCAAUCGAGGGUUGUGUCUGGGGACCAAAGAAAACGUUUCCAACACGAUCUAACAGAGAAGAUAGUAAAAGAAACAAAGCGUCCCAAAAGAAUGUUGGUAAUGAUCAACCCAAAUGGGGGCAAUCGUACAGCCACGAAGGAUUUCAGAGAUAUAGUCGAGCCGGUGUUCAGACUUUCUGGAAUGUCCAUGGAUAUAAUUUUCUCCAAACAUCCUGGGCAUUUAAUUGAUAUUACUAAGAACUAUGACUUUACCAACACUGAUGCGAUCGUACUACUUGGAGGUGACGGGACAUACAACGAAGUGCUAAACGUAUUGAUGCGAAAGAGACAGGAGGAACAAGGCGUUGAUAUUAACGACCCAAAUGCAGCAUUAUCUCCCUUAAACAUUCCAUUCGGCUUGAUCCCAACUGGAUCGGCAAGUCAUUGGUCGAGAAAUUGCACAGGUUCGCGGGAUGUUCUAACGACCGCUCUUCACGUAAUUCAAGGUAGAACCGUGACCUCCCCCCUUAUGGCUGUACAUAACAAUGGUAAAUGUGUUGGUUUCGGGUGUGCAGGAGUUGGCUAUGGAUUCCUUCCCAAUGUUGUAUAUCGCUGUGAUAGGAAUUUUCGCUGGCUAGGACGAUCCCGAUACACAAUUGUUGCAUCGUGGGUGCUCCUGUUUGAAACUCUUGCACAAUACCAUUACAAUGCCAAACUCACCUUCCACACAUCAGUCACCGAGCGACGUAACACUGAGACCAAUGAGACAGAGAUCUUUGUUGCUGAUAGAAAACUCACUGGAUACACUUCUUAUACUUCUGAUACAGUGGUCUAUAACCGGAAGUUCUGGGAUAUGUUGUUGCUCAACGGUCAUAGCAUCUAUAAUGGGAAGGUCCUGGUAGACGCCUCCAGAAUGUUUGUUCCAAAACCAACAAUGUUUUCUUGUUUUCUUUUAUUCGACACGAUUCAACCCGCAUCUGUACGACAGUAUUUGAAGCAUUUUUUUGGAGCGACGUAUAUGGACGAUUUAAGUAGUGUGAUGGAUGUUUUACAUGCCCGAGAACUCAGUGUGGAAUUAUCUGAAAAUCAAGAAGACGCAGAUCAGGAUGUGUCAAUGACAAAGAGAAUAGCACAACUAGAUGGGGAGACAUACGAACUGGAAUCACCAACUUUUCAAAUACGGUAUAAACUGGAUGUUGUGCGGGUCUUUUCAAGUUACCUGUGAAGUGUCCCUAAUAUGCUUUCAUAGUUUUCUUAAUAUUUUAAAGUAUCGUUUGCGUAUUUUGUCCUUGCAAAACUUUGUGAACAUUUGCGAUUUAUUGUUUAGUUAAGCAUCCAUUGAUGUUUAUUUUCUUUGCAAAAUGUGUCUUGUGCAAUUUCUGUGUCAAGGAUCUAGCGAUGUAUACCUUAAAACAAAAUCUUACUUUAUUUCUAAUCAUUUUAAAAAGUUUCUUUAUCUAGGGAGGACUCCCGAGUCCUGGUUUUCGAAAGUGUCUUAGGACUGAGACAUGUCUUAGAAUGGUCUUAGGACAUGCUUAAAGUAAUUCCGGAAAAGCACGAAUAAUGUUUGUCGGGUUUAUUUUUUAACCAUUGUCCAUGAAUUGUCAUUAAUAUAACGAUAUUCGUGUACGUUCCCAUCUGUGCGUCUUUAUUCACAUGUAAACAAGCAAAUAAUAGAAAGGGUAAAUGUGCUUACGUAAAAACAAACGCCAAACAAUUAUUAACACACAAUAAUGGUAUUUUCAUUUCAGUUUAUUUAUUUUAGUUGAACAUAUUGUUUGUCUUACUUCUAAAUUCAAGAAGAAAAAUAUAAUUAUUUAUUUUCACCUCAUAUUAUGAUAAUUGAUCAUUUUUAAAAUUCCACGCAACUGAAGUUGAUGGAUUACCUUGUAAAAUAAUUGAUAUAAAUGAUUAUUAUUUUCCGGAAUUAAAUUAGAAUUAGAUCCCCCCCCCCCCAUUUCUAUGCAUUUCUAUGCUAAAGGUGACUUCACUUUUUUGUUUGAAAAUUGUUAUAAUACUUUUCAUCUGUAAAAUGUUUUUUUAAAUAUGAUACUCUUAUGACAAUCCUAUGUCCCACGUUGAAGGACAAUCCUAAGACAUUCUAAUUCAUAGUUGUCCUAAGAUAGUCUCAAGAUUUGUCCUAAGAUAUAUCUCCGGAUCAAUCUUGGCAUACUUUCAAAAAUCAGACCUGUUAUUGAGGUGUGUUAUCUUCAAUGCAGAGCAUCUUUUGUUAUUUUCAAUUGGGAUUUCUCGAAAACUACAUGUAUGUAUUGUACUAUGUCGAUUUCUUUUCAUAUUCUCAGAAAAGAUGGCUAUCAAUUCAAUUCGAUCUAUUUUGACUAAUCCUUUUCUAAUGAAUCAUGAGUUUUUGCGGAUCGUAUUACUAUCAUCAAUAACAUUACUUCUAUUCAGCAUUUGUGUAUGUCCUUCUCCAAAACCUUCCAAAUAGUCGGAAGCCUUUUAUCAUGCGACACCUAUAGCAAAGCAUUAUCCCUGUUUGGGAAAGGGCAACCAUCACUUAACAAACCGCAUUCUUCAUCGUACCCAGGGGUUCAUGUUUGCCCAACUCUCUAUUUUGUAUUGAUUACAGGAGUUAUGAGAUUGAUCACUGUUCGUUAUCUUCACCUUUCAUCAUCAGAUUUUUCCAAGUACCCAAUGAUACAAGACGCAAAUGCAUAUGUAUAUAGAUAUUGCGAUAUUAUCGGAUCCUAAUUUGGUUUUAUAAUAUAUAGAACUUGCUUUGAGCUACAGAGAUGGAAAAAUUAACCUUAAGAAUUUUCCUGCAAUUCUUGAUCAGUUUAUAAGUUGUUUUCAUAACACAGAACUGAUCGCCAGCUUUCUUUAUCAUAAAUCCGUGAAUU